AUGACUCACCCUAAGCGGCCACUGCGCGCUACAUCCACCACCUCUUCCUCCGCCGUCAGGAACAGCGCAAGCGCCAAUCACAGUGGGGGACCGUUCGUUCCUCCUUCCCACCGCUCGCCUUGCUCUCCUGUCAUGAAGAAGGCCAAGUCCCAGCAGGCCCCAGGCGCGGCAUGCUCCCUCGACAAGAAUGGGCUCCAUCAGCCGCAGCAUCAACAGGCCCCAGGCGAUGAAGGUGGCCUUGCGGACGAGGACGCUAUGCUCGUCGAGCAUGACGGCCUCAAGGCCGCCGCCGCUGAUCCCAUCCCGUCGACUGCGCUUACCACGGGGGCUGCUGCCAAUCUUACCAGGAAGAAGGCUAUUCCUCCGCAGCCCGCUGCCAAGAAGCAACUGGUGAUUAAACUCGUCAAAGGUGCUCUUGUUCUCUGCAUCUAUGUUGUCUUCGGUCCAAUCCAUUCCCCCCUAGCAUUUCCUAACUUUCGAUUCAUUUAGCCGCCCAUAUUUCCUGUUCACGUUUCCAUCGUGUAUGCUCUGGACUCUGAUUUUUCUGCCACCGUUGUGGGCGAAAUGAAUGGGUGCUAUUCUUUGGCACUUGGACCAAGAAGGCAGGCUCCUGAAGAGACAUUUUCAAGCGUUAUGCUGAUCCCAGAUGUGUUCCUAGUUUUUUUCCGACAGCGCAGAGGACUCCAUGAUAGCUAGCGCUAAUCACGGCUGGUGUGCAUAGGCAAAGUGACGCUGUGAUCUGAGGAUAAUUACUCACUUUCCCUUUUCUUUUUGGCCGUCAUCUCCGACACACAUGGUGACCCAAGUGGGGAAAUAAAACUUAUCUAUGGUUUCACCACUGUACAGUAACGCUUAUACCAAUUCCUGGGUCACGUAUGCUAUCCUCACUUAUGCUAUGCCAUUGUUCUAGUCGUAGAAGAUGAAAUUCCACAUGGUGUAGAAGAUGCAAGUAUUUAUGAAUGAAUAUAAAGGGGAAGAAGGAAAAUAGCAGGUCAUUCUAAGAGAUGUAUAUAGCUGGAAGGAGAAAUAAAUCAGUGAUUCAUCAUAUUGGUCUUUUGAUAGGUGGUUGGCAACUGGAAGAACAUUGUUCUGUUAAUUGAUUUGUAAAGGUAAAAGUAGGGGAUGAGAGAUAACUUAGAUAUGAUUCAAAUUAGCAAAAUGAUCGGCCAAGAAAUGAAGAUUUUAUAUAUCAAUCAGAUGAUUCAUUAUAUUGUAGGUCAGAUGACAUUUUAGCGAGCUAGCCUUGUACUCGUUUUGCAUAACAUUUUUCCAGUCGUUGAGUUUGACCUAUUUGGUACUACUCCAGGUUUAUGGCCCAUUUAGUCUCUCACCUAUUCCUUCAAAGAGUGGAUAGAUCUAGGCGGUUCAAAGCAUCCGUUUAAAUCCUUCUCUAAAUCUAUGCUUGUUGUUUUCCGUUCUAGAUAGUCUAUUAAGAAUGACACUCUAUGAAAAAAAUAUCGCUACAUAAGGAGGACAUGUUGAAUCCCAACAUUGUAGCAGCUGAAGAACAUUUCCAAUCUCUGAAGUCAUUGUGGCAGCUUUUGCGAUUGUCUAAAACACUUAAAGUCAGCAUUCUCAAGCUUCAUCUCCCAAAUACACGACCUAUAGAUGCAGGAAAAAUUCCAGCUUCUUGGUUGCCAGUUUCAAUUUAAGUGGGAACUUCAACAUGAAUAGAUUGAAUUUCAAUGGGAGAUCUUUUAUACAUUCACUUUUCGUGAUCAAUGUUAUGUAUUUUCAUAAAUAUGCCCAUGUUUCUUGAAAAUAAUUCUUUUUUUUUUUCUGAAAGUCAUUUUUCUUGGUCAGUUGAGAGCUUAUUUGUAACUUUUUAUUAUGCAUUUAUAUUUAUUAAUUGAUUUUUUUUUCUCCCUCACUAAGGCAAGCCAAAAUUACCAACCAAUUUUGAAGAGGACACCUGGGCAAAAUUGAAGUCAGCUAUUACCGGUAUAUUUUUAAAGCAGCCUGACCCCUGUGAUUUAGAAAAGCUCUAUCAGGUGAAUUCAUCCGAUAUGUCUUGUUGUAGUUACUAUUUAAUCAUGUCUUAACUUAUUUAGUAAGUGCAGUGCCAAUAAACUCUUCCUGUUGCGUGUAGGCUGUUAGUGAUCUUUGUCUUCACAGGAUGGGGGGAAAUCUUUAUCGACGUAUUCAGAGAGAAUGUGAAGUACACAUAUCUACAGCACUACAAUCAUUGGUUGGGCAGAGCCCUGACUUGGUAGUAUUCUUGUGUUUGGUAGAGAAAUGUUGGCAGGACUUCUGUGAUCAGAUGCUAAUGAUUCGUGGUAUAGCAUUGUAUCUCGAUAGAACGUAUGUCAAGCAAACUCCAAAUGUUCGGUCUUUAUGGGACAUGGGCUUGCAGCUUUUUCGCAAACAUCUUUCAUUCUUCACGGAAGUAGAGCAUAAAACCGUCACUGGGCUUCUAAGAUUAAUUGAGCGGGAGAGGUAUGUAUCCCUAACUCUGUUCGUUGUUUUCUGCAAUGCUAAACAUUGGGGAUUUUGAAGUUAUACCACUUUCUCAUUCUUUGUUCUAGUUGUAGCAUACUGAUACUGUUCUUCUCUGAGGACCUAUAAUCUAUGUUUACUAUGGUACAGUAUCGGUUUUUACUCAUUAUGAGGCUUGCAUAAGCUGUGUUCGAUAAACAACAUUUCUGGUUUGAACUAAGAUAAAAAUCGUGGGCAUAGGUGAUAGAAAUCGUGGUUCUUUCGGAGGGAUUUUUCAAACAAUGGAAAUCUAUCUACAUCUCGUUGAAAAGAGACAUUGAUGGUUGUUCUGGCAUAAACGGCUUUUUUUCUGAUGUUUGUUUUGGGGGAAGUUCAUUAAAGGCACUGCAUCUCAAAUAACAGUAGGUUGGUGCAUUGACCAUUUUACACAAGAAUAAGGUGACAAAAGCAAGGCGGUGGUCUACUAUCUUCUCAAUUCGAUUGCUUGCGAUGAUACCUCACAAAGUGUGGUUUGAUGGACAAUUCCGAUAAACAUUAUGAUAUUCAAACGCGUAUCUUAUCCCAUUCCAAUUUUAUGUCAAUAUUGUUUGAUGAACCGUCAAGUACUUCUCCCUAUCUUUGGCAUAUAGUUGCAGGGAUUAGCUUUGUAUUGUAUCAGAUUAUUUCUUUUUGUCCAAAGUGUUUUUUUUUACAUUUCAUGGAAAUAUCUCGGGAACAAUUAAUUAAACUAGGAUUUAGGAUACAUAGGGCAGCCUACCUAUUCUCUAUGGGGUCCAUAUCCUGAUGGUUCUUGUGUCAGGUCUCAGGCCAUACUAGCCAGCUGCAUAAUGGUUGAGGGGCUGUGUCUAUAAGAAUGGAUGUGAUAUUAUAGAUAGGACUGGGGUGUGUUGCAUGGUUCAUUUACUUGGCCGGAUCCGGUGAAACUUGGUUUUAGGCCUGGCCCUCAGUUUUUUUAAUUUUUUGAUUUGUUUGCUGAUAACAUCCCUAAUGUUUGUAAGGCUUGGCUUUUGAAGCUGACUGUGCUAGCUUGUUGAGCUCAAAGAUGAAAUGUGACGUGUUGCCAUUUGAUAAACGUGUUUUAGUCUAUUUUCAGUCAUCUAUUUUCUGUGGAAUUUACCGAUGUUAUUUGCUUUGUAAGUAUCUUUUCUCACCUAAGACCAUCUACUGGGGCGUAUAAUUUAGAUUGAAUCCCUCAGUGCUUUCUUUUGUUGAGGAUGGUUUUUUAAGAUGUUUGUGUAAUUUCUGCCAAAACUACACUUGAAGCCAAAGGGCUCAAGGACGUGCUGGAUCUUGGGGACACUGGAAAGCUACAUAGAAGACUAAUACAUUGGAGAUUUUAUUUUAAUCUAUAUUUAUCAGGAACCGGAGUAAACAUCAAAAUUUUACAACCAUUGUUUGAUUUCCUCAUUUACAUUUUUUGUGAUUAGAUACACCAAGUUUGGUUCCAUUCCACCUUCUUCGUACCAAUUGUUAUUUAAAAUAUUUCCAAUCUACUGUUCUUUAUUCCGCUUUCAUCUUUCAUGUUCUUGACUUCAGGGAUCAUUUUAUUAAAAAACUUUUAGGGACAACGACGGUAAGAUUCGGCAUAAAGUAUCUUCCCAACAGAUAAUGAAAGUGUGACAUGUUCAUGAGUAGAUUAUCCUCUGCCGCUCCCAUAUCUAUGCGUUGUGAGAAAAAUAAGAAGACCUUGCAACAGCAAUGAAGGAUAAUGUAAUCUGAAGAAUUCAAAUAUCUCUUAAAUAAAAUAAAAAAUUAUAAUUUCCUUUCUUUGCAAAAAGUACGCCGCACUAUAUUCGAAUUGAGGUAUAAAAUGGAUGAAUAUGAAACAGCAUGGAUUCAGUUGUUCUGUAAUAAGGGAACAACAAUUUUUUUAACUAGUGAUUAGUCUUUUUAAAGAUAUUUAAGUAAUUGACAGGGAAAUGUUAUAUGCCAAAUGGUUCUUCACCUAUAUCACUGGAUUCUCCGAGCAGAUACAGGUGAAAAUGAAAGUAGAAGUGUAAUGCUCUUUUUCAUGAAAGUCUUAUAAAUAAAGAGACAGUUCGAGCUGAGAUUUUGGAUCUCAAAAAUCUAAGAGUAUAUCUACCAAAAGACAUUUUCAUUUUGUUCUUAAUAUUAAGAGGGAAUUAUCCACAACAUCAAUUGAGGCCUUUACAGUCCAAUGUACAUCAAACGCUUUCUAUAUGACGAAUACACUGAUUAGUAUUCUUGAAAGCAUAAUGGCUUUGUUGAGAGAGACUGGUGUGUAAAUUAUCAUCUUGAUGAUGUCUUGUACAAUUCUGGACUCUGUAUAAUCUUUUAAAUAUUGAAUUAUCUUUUUAUCUUCUAAUUUUGUAUUUCUUUUCUCUCAUUCAUGAUUCUUGCUAUAUUCUAAAGUUAAUUCAAAGUUACCUAGAGACUUAAAUCAGAUUAAAAAUAGCCUGAUUAUAACUGUAACACCAGGGAGAGACGUUUCAACAGUUGGUUUAGUAAAACUGAUUUCCUUUUUUAAUGUAUUUAUGAAUGCUGGGUAUUUUGCUUUAAAUCUUAGCGGAUUGGUUGUAAUUUAUUCUCUUACUUUGUAAUCAUUGCUUCACAGUCUAUGUGCUCAUUUGGUUUCGAUAUGUAUAUCAGAUCAGGUGAAGCGGUUGAUAGAACGCUUCUCAAUCAUCUAUUGAAGAUGUUUACUGCCAUAGGAAUCUACACAGAGAGAUUUGAAAAACCAUUUCUUGAAUGCACUUCUGAAUUUUAUGCCUCUGAAGGUGUGAAAUACAUGCAGGAAUCGGAUGUUCCUGAUUACUUGAAACAUGUGGAGGUGCGUUCUUCAGAGUUGAUUUAUCAUGUUUCUCAUGAUUUCAGUGCUUACGUCAUGUUUCAUUCUCAUCUCUUUACUUUUUUAUUCAUUUGAUAGAAUAUUUGUAACUUUUUUCACAUAAAUCAUACAUCAUAAGCUUAAGUUUUGAUUCGAAAGAAACAUUGUAAUGUAUGUAAACAGUUGAGGCUACAUGAAGAGCAUGAAAGAUGCUUGCUCUACCUAGAUGGAAGUACGGGAAAGCCUCUGGUGGCAACUGCUGAAAGGCAACUUCUUUCUUGCCAUGUAUCUGCAAUUCUUGAUAAGGUGAACAGCCCUACGUUGCCUUAUUUACACUUUCCCUCUUGAAACAUUUCUUUUAAUUAUGAUAAUACUUUUCUGUUGUCUAGGGAUUCACAGUGCUGAUGAAUGGAAGUCGCAUUGAUGAUCUCCGACGAAUGUAUAACUUGUUUUCGAGGGUUAAUGCCUUGGAAUUAUUAAGACAAGCCCUCAGCUCUUACAUCCGGGGAACUGGACAGGGAAUUGUUAUGGAUGAAGAAAAAGAUAAGGACUUAGUUUCCUGUCUCCUAGACUUUAAGGCUACUGUUGAUACUAUUUGGGAGGAAGGUUUUUUCAGAAAUGAAUCAUUUUCCAACACAAUAAAGGAUGCAUUUGAGCAUCUCAUCAAUCUCCGUCAGGUGGGCCAUAUUUCUUUCCUUCUAUUUUUAAUCUUUUUAUUCUAUUUGCUUACCCAACUUCUGUUGGAAUGGGUUUCUACUCUAUUUGAGUUAAAAAAUUUGAUAUUCAAGAAACAUUUGAGGUAUUUGGGCAAAAUAGCUACUCAAAGUCCUAAUUGAGAAUUCUAAUCGCGCCUUUUGAUUCUGAAGUAAUUUUUGGAGGUGAAAUUUGGUCCAGCUACAUUUUCGUUUCCAUUGUUUGCAAAGACCUGUAAACAAAGGUCAUUCCAGAUUUUUUAAUGUGCAAUUUUACCGUAGAAAAUCCAUCCAUUGUUCUUUCGUAGAUUUUUUUCGUUCAUGUUUUCGUUUACAUGUAUGAUAAUAACAGUUUUCAACUUUUAAUCAUGUUGAUCCUAAUCUUUGAUCUAUCCUACUAUAUUUCAUUGUCUAAUCGAAUUAAGCUCAACUUUUGCUAAAGUCAAAUAUAUAUUUAGUAAUCACUAUCUACAUUUUGAAUCGUAAAUAUAUCAUAUUUGUGAAUCUUGUAGCACCACUGUCAUGUGGAUCUGCCAGCUCAACGUAUGGAUCUGAUCAGAUGGCCAAUUCAGCUUUCCCUAGGGAUGUGACUAUUUUUGGCGUAUACUUAGAAAUGAUUCUAAUAAAAUGGCUAUUGAGUAAUUAUUCCCCCCACACUUUUCCAUUUUGUUUUGCUAGUACCGCUCUUUCUUCUGUUCUUCUUUCAUUGUUAGCUGCAAAUGGGGCCCUUUAGUUCUUUUUUUCUAAUCAUGAUAUUGAUGGUACAAGGAACUCUGUGAGAGGCAUAGCACAAAAUUGGCCGUAGUGAGAUUAGUCAAUUUCCAGAUGAUUCUGUCCUUUCCUUUUUCGUAUCAAUCUUUCAUGAGGAUCCAAUACUUGGCUUGAAUUGGAUUGGGAUGCCUUAUCCUGAUUAGAAUUGUCUGAGUCUGGAAAUCAUGUGUGCUCGACAUUAGGUAAGCAUGAUUGGCUCCUAUCUUCGUGUUUUGUAGAUUAUUUCAGGAGAAUUGAAGGAAGUGUUUUUGUGCUGUAUCAUAUAGAUCUUCGUUUGGUUCCUGCUGCACCUAAUUGUAGGAGUUUUCCAAUUCGUUAAAAAUCACCCAAUGAUGGUGCAAGCUAUUCCUUGUAAGCUAUGACUUUUAUAAAGUUUGUGUACAUUUUUUACUUCGUUUUGUGAUUGUUUAUAUGUUGGCUCACAGGACAAUCCGAAUCAGGAGGCAUUGAUUCCCUCAAUAUACAGAUUCUUUUUUCUCUGGAUGCCAUCAGCAUCUGCAUAAUUUCCGAUCUUUAUCGUGUUUGUAUUUUUCUGUAGCACAAAGAAAAAUCUAUUCAGUAUUCAUGCAUAUGUUUGAUCUCUCGUGAAAAAAUAUUUACUCUUUCGUCCUGAUAAUAUUAGUUAUGCUUAUGUUCUUUCAAUUUUUGCUUCUGUGUUUCAAUCGAUUUUUUGUGGCAUGAGCCUUCUACACACCAACAAUGAGAACGUUGCAUGUUCUUGUAUAGUUGUUUUAGCUUGUCCUGGGUUGGUUAUCUCUAUUAUCAAACUACAUUGUUGAUCUACUCGUGCUGUAUGCUGCUGUCUUCUGAGUGUUGAUUCAACUAAUGAUUGCAUCUCUUGUUCCUUAAAUUAGAACCGGCCAGCAGAACUCAUUGCUAAGUUUCUCGAUGAGAAGCUUCGGGCUGGUAACAAAGGUACAUCUGAAGAAGAAUUGGAAGGAACUCUUGAUAAAGUUCUAGUUUUAUUCAGAUUCAUACAAGUAAGCCACUUUAAUGCGCUUUUCGCUGUUUUUCUUUUUCUUUUUAUUGAAGCUGUAAUGAAAUAUGAAAUAAUUUUUUUCCCCAUGAAAAGUCAGAGGUAUUUACUUUUGUAUUGUUUUCUACUUCUUUCUUGCGUUUUCUUUUGCUAAACGUUUCGUCUUUUAUGUUAUUCAGGGUAAAGAUGUGUUUGAGGCAUUCUAUAAAAAGGAUCUUGCUAAACGGUUGUUGUUGGGAAAGAGUGCCUCCAUUGAUGCUGAGAAGUCAAUGAUAUCCAAAGUAAUCUAUAUUUUCAGAAAUUUUUUCACGGUUAGAAAAUAAGAAAUUUCAGGAAAUUCUCAUUGCAUUAAUUUUUUCCCUGUUUCAGCUCAAAGCGGAGUGUGGCAGCCAGUUUACAAAUAAAUUGGAGGGGAUGUUUAAGGUUUGAAUGUCUAUAAUUUCUUCUCCUUUUUUAUUGGAUUUUUUUAGUUUGGUACGAUACCCUUUUUCUAUAUAAUCCUUACGUUCCCUGUUAUUUAUUACUCAUAUUACAAGGGUUUAAUUCUAUUACUCCAUACCUUACAAGGGGUUACUGUUAAUCAUAUGAAGCUUUCUCAUUCACCGAGGGUAUGAGUCCUUCCUCCUUGUCCCAAAAGUUUUUGCCUGAUUACUCUAAAUCCAGUCAAGAUACAGAAAAAAAAGACUAGUAGUAUGUUAAAUUUGUGUAUGGUUAGCUUCAAAAUUGAUUAGAAUCAGAAGUAUUGGAAACUGUUGUGAUUCUGUUUAUCACUCCCCUUGCAUUAAUUGGGAUGGCAGUAGGAACUAACCCACAGAAGAAUACAAGGUUUCCCCCUUUUGAGUUAGGAAACCCCCUCCCGUCCGAGCUCAGUGAGAUUAGAGUUUUAUAUGUAGAGAGAGGAAUUCGGAUGAAAUUAGUGAAAUAAAUUUCAGAAAUCCUCUUCUUGUUGACCUCGGGAUGCAAUGCCAUCAUUGUGAUGAGCUUUGGAAAAUUCAAGUCAACCUUGGAAUCUCAGAAGUUAUUCCAAAUGUUUGGUAAUGUUUGAAGGAAUAAUAAUUAUUUUUGGUAAUGUUUUUCUAACAUCUACACACUGUUACGUAUUUUUUUGUCUUUUGACAUAUUUAUUAUUAUGAAUCUGGUCCUUGUUGAUGUUUAGUAAAUGCUUAUAACUUUCUGUGCAGGACUUGUUGACAAAGGAUUUUUGUAUUAUAAGAGCUUUUUUAGGCCUCUAAUUGCCAUUGUUUUAUGACUUCGACAUUUAGUUAUUUAGUAAAUGCCUAUAGGUUUCCUUGUAUAGCUCCUUUUUGUGAGUUUUUUCAUUCUUUACCCUGAGAACGAUAAAUAUGGAUGUUUACUUUUCUAAGAUAAAAUUGAUAUAAAUUCUAUAUGACUCCAUGGAAAAUUUGGCCAAAUCAUCCUAUGAAAAACUCUAAUUGAUGCAUGUUUUCAUUGACAAACAGUCUACACUUCAAAGUUAAAAUCAAAUGGGAACUAGGACAUAUAAUUUGGAGUUUCUUGAUCUGUAUAUCAAAAGCGGGCUGUCACUGUGUUGUAAAAUUGUCAUUUCCUUGGAUGCCUGAGGAUCAGUCAUUUCAGUUUAGGAGAAAAGUAAAAAAUGGAGGGACACGAUUUUUUUAUGUUGUGCAAGACGAUGACCCAUGUUCUUCUUGCCUGGAAGGAAGUCGAUGAAUUGUACCAGAAGUAGGAAACAAUGGGGUGAUUCUUAGGUAGCUAUGAUUGUUUCAGUAAUGGAAGGUACAGAAUUGGCUUCAGAAAUUCACCGUAAAACCUAUUUUUGUGGAAGGUGGGCCUUUGUACACGAUGAACACUUGAUCGAAUGUAAACGUUGUAAAAAGUAAAGGAUUACUAUAACUUUAGGGGAAUAUUCUGGCAAGCAAAUUAAUCUGACAAAACCUGGAAAUCAUUCAUACAAUGUGUAGGCUUCUUCAAGAUCGUUUAUUUGACCUCUGAUGUUUAUUCGUAUGUCUAUUUUAAUUUUUUUAUUUGCAGAAAUAUUGAGGUUGCUUGCUUUUAUGGGUAUUUCCUGACUUUGUACUAUUGUCUGCCAUCUUAUUAAAUCUAAGAAUUUGGGGUGCAGUAUUUCCGCUGUUUUUUGGUCUUAGAAAUAUCAUUCCCUCCAUUUUUGGCAUCUUUUUUGUGUUCUGGACAUUCAUCCUGUCAUCCUCUGUAUAUGUUCUUCUAAUUUAUUUUCAUGGGAAUCUGUUUCGUUUUGCCUUAAGAUAUCUUCGUGUUUACCUUGGCACACUCCAUUAAGAAAAACAAUAGAUGGGCGUAUUGAACAAAAUUGCCUCACAUAAUCGACUAUUCUUUGGAUGAAACCUCUCUUCUUGCUUGGGUGGCCUUUCUUAUCUGUCUUCUCACUCUGUCCUAGACCCGGCAAUAAUCGGAUGCUGGUGUCACUUGUGUUCUAAAUAUGUUCUGACUCCUCUCUUUCCAAAGUUUUCCUUAAAUUGUCCUCGUCCAGUAAGGAUAGUAUCUACCUUAGCCCUGUCUCUGGCCCCCAGGCAACCGCAGUCUUUUUAGAAAGCGUCUACUUUUUCUGCAUUAGUGCAGCAGAAUCAAGAGGUAGUAUCCUAAUUAUCUGUGUGUAUGUUUUGGAUUUACCAUCAAGUUGUUUGAUUUUAAAAUAUUUAUUAUUAUUCUCCGUCCAAUUUGAGCUCAUAUAACGUCUCGCGAAUGCUUUUACAGGACAUUGAAUUGUCAAAAGAAAUCAAUGAUUCUUUUAAACAGUCAUCUCAAGCGAGGACGAAGCUUCCUUCUGGUAUUGAGAUGAGCGUACAUGUUUUAACAACUGGGUAUGUUUACUUGUUGCCCCUUCCAUAUUUUCUACAAUUGGUCUAUGGUUAUUAUUACUAUUCUGGGACGACAUUUUCCUCUCUGCUGCAUUCACUCUCCAUUGAGACGUGUCGGCAGGUACUGGCCCACAUAUCCACCGAUGGACGUUAGGCUUCCUCAUGAGCUUAAUGUUUACCAGGUAUGUCUAUGAAUACUUUGUUGGCCAUUCUUCAGUGUUUCUCCGGCUCCUGUUUUUUGUCUCCUCAACACAUACUUGUUGACAUGACAGGAUAUAUUCAAGGAAUUCUACUUGAGUAAGCACAGUGGCAGACGCCUGAUGUGGCAGAACUCCUUGGGCCAUUGUGUGCUGAAAGCCCAUUUCCCCAGGGGUAAAAAGGAAUUGGCAGUCUCACUAUUCCAGGUAAAGUUGGGAUGAUGUGAUUGGAAUGGCAUGGAGGAUUGUCGCUAUGAAAAAAAUCAAGCAUCGGUUCCUUGCAUGUUGCAGACUGUCGUUUUGAUGCUGUUCAACGAUGCCCAAAAGCUCACUUUCCAAGACGUCAAGGACUCAACCAGCAUAGAGGAUAAGGAAUUACGCAGGACCCUGCAGUCCCUUGCAUGCGGCAAAGUUCGUGUGCUUCAGAAGGUGAAUUAUUUUCCUCCUAAAUAUCAGCGUUGGGAUCUGCAUUUUAUUACAGUAGAGUGAAUUCUCUUCUUGGGAAUGCUUCUCAGAACCCUAAAGGAAGAGAAGUGGAGGAUGAUGAUGAAUUUGUGUUCAAUGAGGAGUUCAGCGCUCCUCUCUACCGCAUAAAGGUAAGCCACCUUUCCACCGAAAGUCAUUUUCUUUAAUAUAUUUGCCUCGUUCGCAGUCUAACUGGCUGUGCUGUCAGAUCAAUGCGAUACAGAUGAAGGAGACAGUUGAAGAGAAUGCGAGCACAACUGAGAGGGUUUUCCAGGACCGACAGUAUCAGGUCCUCCUCUUCCAUUAUGAUUGAUUCCCAUUGAUCUCCAUGCACCCCAUAUGAUCUGCCUAAACUAUCACUAUCAUCUUCACCCUAAUCAUCAUGAUCGCCAGAAGCCCGCUGGAGGAAAGAAGUGAUACCACACACGAAUGGCCUGCCAUCUGUCUUUUGGCAUUGGUGUGCAUCUAUCUUGGGCACUUAAGUGCUGACAUGGAUUUUUCCUUCAGGUGGACGCGGCCAUUGUCCGCAUCAUGAAGACGAGGAAGAUACUCAGCCACACGCUCCUGAUAACUGAGCUCUUUCAGCAGGUAGCCUUCAUCUCCCUUGCCUCUCAUAGGCUCCCCCUUCUUGAGCGCAGUCUCCAUAACAGAUAUACGCGGGUGUGUGCUGUUUCUCUGCUGGUUUGCAGCUGAAGUUCCCAAUAAAACCGGGUGACAUAAAGAAGAGGAUCGAGAGCCUCAUCGACAGGGAGUACCUUGAGCGGGACAAGAACAACCCGCAAAUAUACAACUACCUCGCGUGA